GCGGGACGUGAGCGUGCACAGGGCCGGCCUCCCCGUAGCCCCGCUUGGCCCGGCCCGCAGAUGUCGCUGCCCCUCCGGCUACCUUACUGCUCUCCUGCGCGGCGGCUGCGCGCGGUGCUCCUGUUCCCCUACUUCUGUGCCCCUGUCACUCCUCCGCCGUCCCCAGUCUGUUCUCAGGAGCCCGACUCCGAACCCGAAAGCUGCACCCCAGAGAACUACACGGAGGAGGAUGCCUGGCUCUGUGCGGGCAGCCAGUGGGGGCCCGUGCUGAGCGGCAGCGUGGGCGCCGUCCCGCAGAGCUGGGCGUGGCCGGGCCCUUCGAACGCUCCUCAAACCCCUCAGCCCCGGCACCGACCUCCUCCUCCCACCCCAGUCUCAGUGUCCUCCACGGCCGCCUCCCCUGCCGUGAUGUUUUGGAACCCGCAGUACAUCCGUCCCCCGGUGCUGGGCCGCCCCCGGCCCCCAGUGGCGCAGGGCCCUCGGCGAGCCAAGGAGCGCCAGGCUGGAACAACAAGCGCUGGAGGGAAGGAGCCGGAGCUCGGGGUGUACAGCCAGAAUGAGCGGCGGUUGAGGAGCAUGGAAGGGCCCACGCCAGCUCUCCCGGUUCCCCGAACUUUGUCCAUCAAAGGAGUAGAUGGUCGUGGCAUGUGUCCGCUGAAGAGAAGUGGGAAGCUGGGCAAGCCUGCCAGCGCCUUGCCAGAAAAGUAUCAGGGAAGGUGCAGAAGAGUGACUCUGGAAUUCAAAGGAGUGGAAAAGCCCAGAUGAACUGUGACGAAGUUGCAUCAAAGACUCCUAAAGCAAUAGAGCUUUUUAUACCCUACCCCCUUCAAGCUCAGAGAAGACCACCAAAAUGUGAAAUAAAACAUUAU